AUGCGUUCCUUAGUACAAAUGCGACGCGGUAGUGUACAUGGUAGAAUUCUUUCUACUGUGUCUAUACAAUGUCGAAUGAGAACUGGAGGCGGCCCGGGUGAUCGACGCAUUCGGACAGAUUGGCACCGUUGUUAUCCCUCUCUGAUGCAGGAGAAGGACCGUGAUAUGUAUCACUGUUACUACCCGUAUCUUUUUGAUCAUGGUGAUAAGAUGAGUUUGUAUCCGAAAAUCCCAGAGAAUCCCCGUUUAUGGCAACCUGAGCAGCUACAGACUACUUAUGAUGCUAUUAGAGAAGACAAGUAUGAUGCGUUUAUUCGACUUCGUGAGAAGUUUCCAGAGUUAUAUCAAGACACGCGUGCCUGGGAUAAUCCUCCUCCUUUUGGUGAAUUCAAUAUGUUCUACUCUGUCAGAUUUGGUCUUAUUGGUGUGAAGGCCUUUACGUGUAAAGACUAUGAUGAAUUGGGUAAUCAGUUUGAUUGCACUGCAUUUUGGUUUCCGGACAACCAGAUUGUGAAGCACAGCACUCGCAAUGGAGAUGUUGGUACAGACAAGGUGUAUGUUGGGGCGAUGAAUGUGCCGGUGGAGUUCCACAAGCCGCACGUGGCGGCCUUCUACAAGGCGGCGGGAGUGCCGGUGAAACACGUCUGCGCGGGGUUCCCCAUCACGCCGGACGCCUACGCGCCUGUUGGCACGAAACUCGACGUGCGGCACUUCAAGCCCGGGCAGGAGGUGACCAUCACCUUCCAGAACAGCGACUACGGCUACCGCGGCGUGAUGUUCCGCCACGGCUUCGACGGCGGCUACGUGUGGCUCGGCGACUCCAAGUGGCAGCGGCGGCCGGGCUGCAUGGGCACAGAAGGGCAGAAGCGUAUAUUCCCAGGACACCGCAUGGCAGGACAGACAGGCGCUUCCGCAGAGACAUACCAGGGGGUCCCAGUCUGGCGUAUAGACUACAAGAAUUCACUCAUUUACCUCCCAACUCUGAUAGACGCAGAUGUUGGCACAUAUGUCAAGUUUAGCGACACCAUUAACACAAAGGGGUACACGCUAUGGAAUGAGCAUAGAGGGUUACCGGCUUUUCCAACCUUUAUUCCCUCCGCAGAGGAGGAUAUCUCUAAGUUGUCAACAGACGAGUGCCAACUUUUGAGCCCACCUCUUUAUAUGUACUUCCGUGAUGAGUUUGCAGCUACUCAAUUGGUAUCCCAAACGGAUUUGGAGGAUGCAAAGAGCGCUAAACCAACUGUAGCUCCACCAAAGAAGAAGGUAUAUGACAUGAAAAAGUACUUUGAAGCACGUAAAAAAUACAGACAGAAUAUGCAGAAGGCUAGAAAGUACAAAUUAAUGGGUCUUCGAACAAAGGCACAUGAGAAGCAAGAAGAGGCAAGACGUGCAAAGAUUCUUAAAUACAAACGUGUCAAAUAG